AUGUUCUUCGGUGGCGGAGCUGGCUACCGACAGAUCAUCAAUGUAGACGUUGACAAAUGGCAGGCUGCGAAGCACUCUGUCUACGAACCUCUGAAAGGUCUGGGAGACGUUGCGGAGCCCAAGCGGUAUGCGGAGGAACUCCAAGAGGCCAAAAGGAAUGGUGACGGCCGUCUUUUAAACGUCCUCUGGGACAAUGCGAAUUCGGUGGAAAGCACAGACUAG